AUGUUCCGGACAACGGUCGUUGCUGCUUCGCUUGUCGCGUUUGCGCUGUCUAUGUAUUUGGCUGAUACAGCGAAAUGGAAUCGUCAUCAGUAUUUGGUCAAGGUUCUCACUAAAGACGUGAAAACCGGAGAAAUAUCCACUUGCACUGGAUCCCUUCUGUCCCCAUCCGUCGUGUUGACCAGCUCAAAGUGUUUCCCAGAAGACAGAAAGAACACCGCUGCUCAAGCCAUCAUUUCGAAGAAGGACUCGCUCGACAUCAUGAACAAGGCAAUGCUCGCCGUCAGAAUUGAUGAAGGAUUGGCGCUAAUGAAAAUCGAUGCGGUUGACGAUGAGCACUUCUGCGACAAGGAGCCCCACCCACCAAGAGUGGCUCGCUUGAACUUCAAGCCAAGCUUAACGGAGGCCACCUACCAAAACAUCAAGCCAAAGCAGCUUCAGGACUCCAGAUGCAGAGUGGUCGCUUUCAAAACCAACGAUGAUGUCGAGAAGUUCGCCACCUCCACUGAUGUUCAAGUCUUGGAACUCGACGUCCGCGCGGACGAGGAUAACCUCAUGUUCUCGGAAAUCAAUGCCAACUCUACAGGACGUCUUUGCUGGGAUGACAUUGGAGCUCCACUCGAGUGUAUCAUCAAUGAGGAGGAGAACAAAUGGCACCAAGUUGGAGUGGUUAACGGACUCUUCGGCCGUGAUACUGACCAAGAUACCAACAGCACCUUGACCUUCAGUUGCUCCGAUGUUCAGACUAUGCAAUUCGUGGUAUUCGGAGACAACACCUUCGCUCAUGCCAUUGAAAAUGUUGACAAGUCGAGCGUCUUCGAAGCUCAGGACAAAUGUUUCUAA